UUUGGGAAGCCGCGCAGCUCGCUCAUCCCAGCCCCGUAGUUCGGAGGGAGUGUGUCAUGUUACAGGGGAGCCGCGAUCAGCCAGAGCACAACGUCGCCGGAGCAGCUGAGAAUUACCUCUCUCUAAUGGGGACUUUCAUGUGCAAGCUCCUGGCCAGUCUGCGAAGGAACUGAAACUGACAGCUUAGAAAGAAUCAAAAACCUACCAGCGAACCAAAAGACUGAAAUUCAGGAAGAAAAAAACCGAACCAAACAAAAAAACUUGAUCAGAUUAUUUUUUCCCCCCCUCGCACUCUUUGCUGCAGUUGGAUCCCUUUUUUCUGCACCCCUUUUAUGACAGGGAGGGAAUGUUGGAGGAGAAGAGCUGGAAAGGCGUCGACGAAGCAGCUUUUGACAGGGGGUGUGUGGCUCCCCCCAGGAGCGGCGAUGGGGAGAGAUGCUGCCGCCUCCCUCUCCUGCUGGGCUCGGGGCUGCCCGGCGUCUCCCUGCUCUCUCUGGUGCUGAGCCUCCUGCUGUACUUUCGGACCUCCGAUCUGCAGUCCCGGGUGUCCCACUUGGAAGCGGACAGACCCACACAGCUCCCUGCCUGGCUCUCAGCAGACCAAAUGGAGACAGCUAUUUUGGGAAGAGUUGACCAACUGCUCAAUGAGAAAUUAAAGUUCCACUUGCCAAGACAUCGAGAAGUUCGAGACACACACCAGCGAUGCAACUGCCCGGCAGGUCCGCCUGGAGACAAAGGUGCGAUGGGAAUCCCUGGGCGGCCGGGACUAAAAGGGCAAUCCGGAGAGAAGGGUGCUCCAGGAGAAGCUGGCAUGUCUAUCAUCGGGCCCCGCGGUCCACCCGGACAGCCUGGAACAAGAGGUUUUCCUGGAUUCCCGGGCCCUAUUGGCUUGGAUGGCAAACCGGGCCAUCCUGGACAGAAGGGAGAGAUGGGUGCUGCAGGUCCCAGGGGACAACCUGGACCCCCAGGACAAAAAGGAGAGAAGGGUCAGUGUGCAGAGUACCCGCACAGGGAAUACCUAAGUACCACACUUGCAGCCCUGCGCUCUAACCAGAUCCUUACGCUGAAGGGUGAACAAGGACAAGCGGGGAUCCAAGGUCCCCCAGGGCCCCCUGGUCCGCCAGGGCCUGCUGGACCAGCUGGACCCGAAGGAAUCCCAGGACGUCCUGGGCCAAUUGGACCCCCUGGCAGAGCAGGAGAACCUGGAAAACCUGGCAGAGAUGGAAAGGGCUUACCUGGGCCUCCUGGACCAAAGGGAGACGCUGGGAUUCAGGGAUACCCUGGCAGAAAGGGCGCUCCUGGGAUGGCUGCCGCAGGGAUGAAGGGCGAGCCUGGGACUCCAGGAGAAAAGGGAGAUUCUGGAGUCCCAGGGAGGAUGGGCCCCCCAGGUUUGCCAGGGAAGAGGGGGCAGCGGGGUGAGAAGGGACGAGCUGGUGACCCUGGGCUUCCUGGACUCCCUGGCCCAAAGGGAGAGAAGGGAAUUGCUGAGAAUGCUUUGGUGGGAGCUAAAGGAGAACCUGGCCCUCCAGGUCUGCCUGGACCCCCUGGACCAAAGGGAGAAGCUGGUGAUGUUGGUCAGCCUGGUGCUGCAGGAUCACAGGGAGAAAAGGGGGAACGUGGUUCACCGGGAGACCAGGGACCCAUGGGCCCAAGGGGCCCCAAAGGAGAGCCUGGGAAGGAUGAAAUGAUGGACUAUGAUGGGAACAUCAGCGAAGCUCUCCAGGAAAUAAGAACUUUGGCCUUGAUGGGACCCCCAGGACGUCCAGGUGUGGCUGGACCUCCAGGGCCACCAGGACAGAAGGGUGAGAUUGGCUUGCCAGGUCCUCCAGGCCACGAUGGAGAAAAGGGACCACGUGGCAAGCCUGGAGAAAUGGGCCCCCCUGGCCCUCAUGGGCUGCCAGGAAAGGAUGGACCUCCUGGAAUAAAGGGAGAGCCAGGCAACAUCGGGGUCAGAGGAGAAAAGGGCGAUAAGGGAGAGCCAGGACAAGCAGGCUCACCGGGUCUAGAUGGCCCCACUGGAGAGAAGGGCGAACGAGGUGACCAAGGGAUACCAGGACCAUCAGGAUUGCCAGGGCCCAUUGGACUUCCAGGACUGACAGGAGAGAAGGGUGAGCCUGGGGAGCGUGGAGACAAAGGAAAUCCAGGAGAAUCGAUAUCUGGGCCCCCUGGACCCCAAGGCCCUCCAGGACCUCCGGGUCUUCAGGGCAUUCCCGGACCCAAGGGGGAAGCAGGGAUUGAUGGAGUGAAAGGAGAGAAGGGUGCCCAGGGUGAAAAAGGAGACAGAGGGCCACUGGGAUUACCCGGUAUUCCAGGACCAGUUGGGGUUUCGGGACCAGCAGGACCAAAAGGAGAAAGGGGCAGUAAAGGAGAUCCUGGAGUUGCAGGACCAAUGGGGCCAGCAGGGCUUCCUGGUUUACAAGGUCUACCUGGUGACAAGGGAGUCCGGGGGGAGAGGGGCAAGAAAGGCUCUAGAGGGUCUAAAGGGGAUAAGGGAGACCAAGGAGCACCUGGAUUAGAUGCACCCUGUCCGUUGGGGGAAGAUGGCCUUCCAGUUCAAGGCUGCUGGAAUAAGUGAUGAUUCUAACCCUGGACUGACCUGUGUGUGUUACUGUACAUAGAAUAUUUAUUUUUAUACGGUGUUCUUCUCUGAAAUGCCAAAAGUUAAGCAUUUUUACAAAUUAUCAAAAAGUGGCAUAUUUUUUUGUACAGAAAAUACUAGAUUUCCCUUUUUCCCCAUUUGUCAGUUCUCUGUAUGAUCCUAUGUCUGCAUUAUGCUUAUUUUGUCAUGGAGUACAGCUGUAAUAUUUACAUGGUAUUUGUGCACACAUGAUGAUGAUAUAGGAGCUUAAUAAAUUAUUGCAUUAAAAGUGCCCAAAGGAGCUGCCCUGUAUAGAUUUAAAGGUCAUUUUCAUUUUUCAAGCUGGAUCAUUCAAGAAUAUUUCAAAAUAUUAUGUAUUUUUUAUUAAAGUGAAAUAUUAACACUU